CUUGCGAUUUGCGAAUUUGCGCUUUCAACAACAGAAAAGUUGUGUUUAUAAUAUGUACAUGAAAAGAAUCUAUAAUUUAAAAUUAUAAUAUACAUAAGUACCUAAUCAUGUCGGUGGAAUUAAGUCCCACACAUGUAAUAACAGAAAUCAACGAAGUGAAAGAAAACUCAGACGAAGAAAAAACAGAAGAGCAAAUAAUAGUAGAGAAUAAAAAUGCUGAUGUUGAUGAACCAUUUGAAAUUGAAGAUACAAAAAUUGACUCCAGUGAUACUAUUCAAGAUCUGCUGAGCAAUUAUAAUUUGCGUAAAGUUAAACGUACAAUUAUCAUUGAAGAUGUCUAUGAUAACGGUAAUCGUGAAUAUGUACCGGAACAAAAGAAAACAAAGAAGAAAGAGAGAGAAAAGCCAGUGAACCGUUACAAAUGUAAUUUAUGCAACAAUACAUUUACUAGUGAAACUACAUUCAACAGCCACAAGAUAAUUCAUCAAACAGACAUGGAAUAUACAUGCGACUUAUGCAAAGAGACGUUCGACACAAACAAACACCUUUUAAAACACAAAACAACCUGGCACAACGACAAUGACUGUUACCUAUGUAAGAAGUGUAAAUGUGCCUUCUCCGAUCACCGAUCUUACACUAACCACAGGAUAGGCCACUUGAAACCUCCGUACAAAUGCUUUGAAUGCAACUUUCAAUUCACAAAGAAGACUUCGCUUCAAUCCCAUAUAUUCUUGCAUUAUAAUAUACAAACCGAGUGCAGUGUAUGUAAGAAGAUGAUCAAUCACAAAAGAAUGUUGUCGCACAUGGAACAACACAAUAGAAUAUCGUGCGUCGAAUGCGGGAAGAAAGUCAGAAAAUCGUUCUACAGUUAUCACAUGCAUGUGCAUACUGGUGUUAAGAAGUACCAGUGUUGGUACUGCGGGCAGGGGUUCUUUUCUAGCGGACAAAGGAUAACACACACACGCAAACACACAGGCGAACGUCCGUACAGGUGCAGUCAAUGCAGUCGAUCAUUCACACAAUGUACCGAUCUCAACAGACACAUGUCAAUACAUAAGAAAUCUGCUAGCUUCGAUUGUGAUCACUGCGGUAAGAAGUAUUCAAUCAAACAGUCGUUGAUAACACACAUGCGUAUACAUAGCAACUAUAAGCCGUACAAAUGCCCGUUCUGCUCGGAAAGCUUCCAUACGUCUACGUACUUGACGCUCCAUACCUAUAAGAAACAUUUAAAGGAGAAGCGGUUUAAAUGUGACGUUUGUAACAGAAGCUUUAAACUGAAAAAUGACUAUCGGAAACAUUUGGCGACUAAGGAACAUCACAAAAUGGCGUAUAAACAUACUAUUAAUGUUAAGGUUGAAUGUUGAGGUUGAUUAUAUUCAUGUAAAAUCCCUCAAAUUCCUACUGCAGUUC